AUGUCGGCGCGCCGUCAGAUGAAGAUAGUUCACAUGCUCCAGAUCACAGAUGAUGCAGACACGACGGGAAGACUCGAGCUUGGUUGCGGCCUCCAGGCGCCCAAGCGCCGCAGCUUUCAGCAGCUCGCUGUCUCCGACGCGGGCACGCCGUCUCUAGCCACGUCCUGCUACCACAACAAGCCUGCGCCACAGCGAGCAAGCUGGACAAGCUGGCACACGGAAAGCUUCGUGACAGCCUCACACUCCCACUACUGA